ACAAGGUAACUCUUUAGAUUUUUCACCGUUAUUUUCUCGAUUUCUGCGGAUUCUGCGGCGUUCGCACACACAAUUUUCACAAUCCACGCGCUCUCGGAUGUGUAUAAUCCAUAUUUUGUUUUCAUUUUUCAUUCGAUCCAACCGACACGCUUUUUCCUUGCUGUCUCGGCCUCAUCCUCCUUCAUUUCCUCGCAUUCUCUGUUCCUGCCGUCGGUGCGACCUGUAAUCCGCUGGAUCUCCGGAGAAUUUCAUUGAUACAGACACGAUUCUGUUGAUUUUCGCCCCCAAAAACCUCGAAACCACUUUUGAUCGGGGGUCGAUCGAGAUCGAGCGCUUCUUAGUUCUGUUACGGCUGUUACUGCGUCGGUUCCGUUCGAUUUUCGUCUCGAAUGAAUGAAUCACGGCUUUAAGACAUUUUCAUCGUCGGCGGUUAUCGCGCAUUGGAUCCCUAAAAGCAGCAAUUGCCGGAAUUAAUUUGGGGAUUUGGUAAGGCGGCAUUGUGUAUGGGGCUGUGGUUGUGAUGUGUGCGGCUAAGGUUGGUGAGGAGAGCGGCAACAACCAUAAGAGGAGGCGGAGACGCUGGGAAAUAAUGGGGCUGAAAACGGCGUCGUUUGGAGGGGAUAGAUUAGAGAAGCUCGGCAAUGGCGGUGGAAUGGUGUCGAGAUCGAGGAUGAAGCUGUGGCUGAUAAGGGCUAUGACUUCGAUUCUUUUGUGGACCUGCAUAGUUCAGUUAACAUCUUUGAGUGAAAGCUGGGGGCCUCGAGUAUUGAAGGGUUGGCCUUCUUGUUUUUCGCAAGAAUCCGCGGCUGCCGCCGUCAUUGCUGAUGUUCAUUCCUUGCCGGAGCUUCCUGUUAGAGUUCUUCCGCCUAAGAGGUUUUACAAGAACAACGGGUAUCUUAUGGUUUCGUGUAAUGGAGGGCUUAAUCAAAUGCGAGCUGCGAUAUGCGACAUGGUUGCCAUAGCGAGAGAUCUCAAUGUAACGUUGAUAGUUCCCGAACUCGACAAGACCUCAUUUUGGAACGACCCGAGUGAGUUUCAAGACAUAUUCGACGUGGAUCAUUUUAUUACAUCGUUGAGAGACGAAGUACGGAUACUCAAGGAGCUUCCUCCGAGGGUCAAGAGGAGAGUCGAGCUCGGGAUUGUCUAUACAAUGGCGCCUAUCAGCUGGUCGGACAUCUCUUACUAUCGCAAUCAGAUUCUUCCUCUUAUUCAGAAACAUAAAGUCGUGCAUUUGAAUCGAACGGAUGCCCGUCUUGCAAACAAUAACCAGCCUAAGGAAAUUCAGAGGCUUCGUUGCAAAGUAAACUUCAGCGCUCUGAAAUUUACUCAUCAGAUUGAAGAAUUGGGUCGAAAGGUUAUCAGUAUAUUACGGAGAAAGGGCCCUUUUUUAGUGCUUCAUCUACGGUACGAAAUGGACAUGUUAGCGUUUUCGGGAUGCACGCAGGGUUGCAAUGCUGAAGAAGCCGAUGAGCUAACAAGAAUGAGAUACGCGUACCCGUGGUGGAAGGAGAAGAUAAUCGACUCGGACAUGAAAAGAAAAGAAGGUUUAUGUCCGUUGACGCCUGAGGAAACGUCGCUCACAUUGCAGGCGCUGGGAAUCGAUCGGAAUAUUCAAAUCUACAUUGCUGCUGGAGAGAUAUAUGGUGGGCAAAGACGACUGUCCCGACUUACGGCAUCCUAUCCAAAUUUGGUGAGGAAGGAGACGCUGUUGGAGCCAUCGGACCUGCGGUUUUUCCAAAACCACUCGUCUCAAAUGGCUGCCCUCGACUAUCUCGUCUCGUUGGAGAGCGAUAUCUUUAUCCCCACGUACGAUGGUAACAUGGCUAAAGUUGUCGAGGGACAUCGUAGAUUCCUCGGGUACAAAAAAACCAUUCUACUCGACCGAAGGCUGCUAGUCGACUUAAUAGACAAGUACAACUCGGGAUCGCUCUCUUGGGAAGAAUUCUCGACUGCAGUUAAAAGUGCGCACGGCGAACGAAUGGGAAAACCAUCCAAACGAUCGGUGAUCCCGGAUAGACCUAAAGAAGAGGAUUAUUUUUACGCCAACCCUCACGAAUGUCUGCAACCACAAGAGUACGAACCACUAACCACCAUUUAGUUAUCGAACGGCCGCUGUAAUAUUUUGGAUAGUUUCGCGCAUGAAAUCAUCUGCAGCUGCGGAUGAUGGAUCGAUGGAUUGGAUUUAAAUCCUGACAGUCCUCAAGAAAAGUGGCGCCGUAAAGGAUAAAUGGUUAUAAAGAGGAGGGCUCAAACAAAACGGCGCAAAAGAGGUACUGCAGUAACUAGAUUAUGCUCCUUCGUUGGUUUUUUUACCCCUCAGAAGUCGAUUAUUCGUUCUGUGCAUAGAAUUCACAUCCGUUGCCAUUCGCGCGGGUUAUAUAUAUAUAUAUUAUUGACUGGUUUUGCGCCGCGAGUGAUGCGAUCGCGCAGUUUUCUUAUUGCUGGACUAUUGAUCUUGCGCGGUUUCGAUAAUUUUAGCCUUGAAUCUGUUGAUGAUCUAUUUGAGCUGUUUUUGAUUUUUUUGGAUAUUAUGUAUCAGUUUUUUUAACUGCCAAUUUUUUAGAUUUAUUGGUGAAGAUUAUUAACAAUGAAUCAUCUCUAUGAAUAAUGCAUUGCUUGUAAGAAGGCUCUCUUUUUGUGUGUGAUAUCCAUUGUUGAAUU